AGACACCAAUUUAAACCCACGUCUUCUUCUCCUGUCUCCACUGAAUUUCUCUCUCUCUGUCUAAUCUUAUAGUCUUCUUAUUCUCUCUCUGUCACUAAAACUGGAAAACUCUAAUACCUAACCGUCUCACUUUCUGUCACACAGUUAAAUAGAAAAAGAAAAAGAGAGAGUGACAAAUAUGAGAAGAAGGCUGGAUCUCUUGCCGGAGCCACCGCCUCGGCCAUUACCGGCCGUCGUUGGAGGUGGAAUUGCAGAGACUAUUGGUGGUGGUGGUGGUGGUGGUGGAGGUGGUGCUACUUCUUCGUCAUCAUCGAAAGGUAAUCUGACUCCAAGCCUUCUCAUCAUCGGUUUCAUCCUGAUUGCCGUGUUACUCUUCUCCAUCAUACUCCACCUCCUCCUCCGCUACCUGAACGGCUAUUGCUGCAGCAGCAGCUCCUCCCCUGAAGAUCACGACAUGGCCUCUGAUCACGCACAUCACUCUCACCGCAUCUCCAGCAGACGCGUAUCUCCCGAGUAUCAAUCCUUGAUUGACUCACUCCCUCUCUUCUCUUUCGACUCAGUCACCGGACUCAAAACCUCUUCCGCCGUCGACUGCGCCGUCUGUUUAUCCAAAUUCGAGCCGCACGAUAGUCUCCGGUUACUUCCUCUAUGUUGUCACGCUUUCCAUGCUCAUUGCAUCGACACGUGGCUCGCAUCCAGCCAUACUUGCCCUCUCUGCCGCUCAACCAUCCACGUGGACGAAUCGGACGAAAUGGCGAAGCUCUCUUCUUCGUCGGCCGCCGGCAAUAGUUUCCGGUUAGAGAUUGGGAGCUUCAGUCGACAGAGAGUUGCUGCCGAUUCCAGUGGUCUUCCCAGCACCCGUAGGUCUUACUCCAUGGGAUCGUUCGAGUACGUGGUGGAAGAAAACUCCGAGGUGGUGGUGGAGCCUAUGCACAGACGAGGAGUUUCUGAUUACAAUCUUGGACGGAAGGAAAAAGACGGCGAGGAUUCUCCGGCGCCAAAUGUGCCGGAUCCUCAGCCGCAGGGAGCUCAGGUGGCGGCGGAUGUGGCCGGCGGCGGGAGGUCGUGGUUGAAGGAUUACGUGGACAGAUUGGCUUCGUCGGCUUCGUCUUCGUUCUCAUCUCGUACUCUGUCAUUCCGAUUUUCAGGGAGAACAUUCACCGGAAGCAGUCGCCGUAGCGACGGUGCCGCUGCCGCUGCCGUUACCGGUGCUGGGGAAACGGGGAAUUGGGAUUUGGAAGGAAACUGGAUCAGCGAAGAAAUGGGUAGCUUCUUUCGGUGGUUGUCCGGCAUAUGACAGGCAAUUUGGGUCAUAGUUGGGGCAGUUUUGUCAACAAGAAAUAGCCUUUACUUGUAGAAAAUUAGAAUUUUGGGGAACUGGGCAUAUAAAGGUGAAGAUAGAAGCAAGGAAGGAAAAGAAAUUAUGAAGAUGCCCUUUAAUUCUUGGAGGGUUGAUCUCACUUCAAAGAAAUGGAAAGCAGAUUUGUUGUUGAGCUAUAAAAGUCAAACAGAUGAGAUUUUCAAUUUCAGCAAACUUGGGAUUCUGCUUUUUUUUCAUCUUUAAUUUUUUUCAAUUAAAGAUCCAGAAAGAUAAUAUUGACAUUUUGAUCUUGAAUGAAUGAAGUUGCAGGUGGGUGGGGAUUUCUGCUUCCCUGUGUCCCAAGAGAGGGAGAGAAUUUAUGAGUCUUGUGACUAGUGAUAAAAACUGUUUAUUAAAUGUCCA